AUGUAUUUGGAGGAAGAUGACGACCAAGAUUAUAACAUCGACUUCGAGAUUGAUGAUGAGGUCCCAGAGCUUUCUAAUUUCAAUGAGAAGAAACACUUUAAUGCUAGUUGUGAUGGCAAGCAAAGCCCACUUUCUAAGCCACCAUUGGAUAUCAGUACAAGAAAAAUGAUAUCAACUCAGCAAAACUUCCAUGGCGGAUUUGAUGACCAAAGGAGAAGUUUUCAGAAUACCACUGGCCAAAAUUUUAAAACUCAGUCUUUGACCAAAAUAAGCUUUAAAAAUCGAGGAAUUCGUUCUGCUAUCCAGAGAAGCCUAGCCUUUAGAAAAAGGAGACUAUCUGGCUCAAGGAAAAGAAAUAGUCGUAAUGCUCUGCUACUUGAAGAGAAGCAGAGUCUCAAGCAAGAUAAUCAUCACCUAAAAGACGAGAACGUUAAGUUGAAAACUCGAGUGUUGUUCUUGGAUAAAGAAAUAGGGAAAAGAAAUAAGUUAGUAGAACAAACUAUGAUGUCGAAGAAUAUAUCUAUCAAACCUAAAAAGGCCUCAAUGAUCAUGAAAUCCUCCUUAGUUAACACUUUGAAAAGCAAGGUUAGGGAAAGAGACGAGAUCAUUUGCAAAUUAAGGAAUGAGGUUGAGGCAAGUAAGAAAGAUAUGAAAAAGACAAACAUAAACGAGCUUAUAACAACAGUCGAUAUCCUGACUGAAGAAUGAACUAGAUUAAGAGGACUCCUAAAACAAUCUUUAAAGAGAGAAGAAAAUUUCCAACAAAUUGAAAAAGAAAACUGCCAGCUAGUUGAUGCAUUCCAAAGGAAGGAAAAUGAAGUUGAUAUUCUGACAAAAUAACAUCUAUGAGCUCAAUCUCAACAUUGAAAAGCAGGAAAAUACUAUUACCAAUCUUAACAAAGUAAAGAAAUUAGUCAGAGAUAAGGAUAAAGCGAUUUUAAAGCUCAAAUAAAGAACUUAAGACCGCCACUGAGAAUUCUAAAGCAGAGCUUCAUAAACUUCAGUCAGACUUGCAAGAUUCAAAAUAGGUCAAAUGAGAAAUUAAAGUCUAAUCUAGCUAACUUGCAGAACAAAGUGAGAGAACUUGAGAAUAAGAUCACAGAAUUAGAACAGUUUAAAAUGAAUGAUGAUUUAGAUAGAUCUGUGUCGGAAAUCAAUAUUGCCAGAAGAGAUUCAAACUACAGCCAGAGGGAGAAUCACUCCUGCACCCCUGCCUCUCCAGUAAAGAAUCAGAAAAAGAUUAUUGAUACAGGUUCUAGUUAUCCACAUGGGCAAUCUUAUCAAUCUAUUUAUAAGAAUAAAUCUGAAGAGGAAUUAACUGACCAGAGUAAAGCGAUGACUCUUCCUCCUCCUGCUAAGCCUAUUUCUGAGAUUUCUUCAGCAAUACUUCAGUUUAGAUCAGUUCUCAGAAUCUCUGAUGUAGGAGUUAAGGAAUUCCUGGACUUUAUUAUAUUCAAGGAUAAUUCGCAGAGCCUAAAGUUUUCAGACUUUAAGCUCAGAGCUCAGGAAAUAAUGAAAAAUUACACCCAAGAUUUUGCUUGCUUUUGAUUCAACAGCCAGCCAAUCAUUAGCAGAGAAGAUUUAGAACAGCUUCUAUCUUCAGAGGAGGUGUAUUUUAAGUUAGAUGAUUAUCUGAAAGAAAGAGUUGAGCAAGAGUUCUCCAGCUGAAAAAUGGCCCUUAAAGAAUCAUUUGAUAUUGAGGACACUAAGUCUCAAGGAUUUGUCUCAGUCAAGCAAUAUGAAGAAAUUCUUAGAAAUCUUGAUAUUACUUUAGACCAAGACCUCUUUGAGUUUUCAAUCCUAUUAAUGUUUGAUAAACAUCUCAGUGUUGAUAUGCUUGACUAUCCAAAGUUAUUUGACGAAUAUGAAUCCCCUGUUGUACAAGAUAACACAAGAGAGUUAUCUUCUAUUAAAGAGGAUAGCAAGGAAGAGAAUCUCAUGAGUAAGAAGAAAAUAGACUCAACAGAAAAGAAAGAGAAGAAAUCUUCUACACCCAGAAAUAUAUAGAUUCAAUAGACUUUAAUAGUAGAGAGCUCAAACUAGAAGACGAUGACAGUGUCAGUAACGCAAACGGAGAAGUAAUUUCCAGAGACUCAGUCAAUGACCUUACUGAUCGGAUGAUGAAAUCAGAAGAUGAUAUAAAUCAGCAAUUAAUCUUAGAUACUGAUUCAUUAACAGAACAACAAAUCUUAGACAUCGCUGAGCAUGUAUUUGAGAAGACGUUCUGAAAAAUGAAAGAAAAGUUUACACUAGAUAGUUUAUACUCUGAUAAACUUGAAGAAUGAGAAUAUAACGGAAAAGUGGUACAAACAUUAUCACCCGAACAUUUUAUUCAAAGCUUCCAGACCUUGGGUAUUGCACAUCUUGAAGAGAUAGAGAUAGAAUGACUCCUAAAGGUUCUAGUCAAGUCUGAAAUAGGUCAUAAGAUCCUAUUUGAAGACCUUGUGAUGAUCCUUGAGAACUUUGGAGUUUCAUAAUUAAAUGUUAUUUCAAUAUCUGUUUGAAA